AUGACUUUAAGAGUUCCCCAAUUUUUCUUAUGUGAAGAGUUGACACUGAAAUCUAAAACCUUUAAAUGUUGUAAAUAUUGGUGGUUUUUGUUAUUACACAUGCAUCACAACAGCAACCAAAGAAAACAUACCUCAACACACUCAAAACUGAAGACAUCAACAACUCAGAUCAAAGAUAAACAUCUGAUCCACAUUUUGGUGCUAGACUCUGCAGGAAACCCCAGGCAGUGCGAACACAUCCCAACGUGGCCGAGAGCACGUUGUAGACAAAAGGCCUUGGCACGCUCCCGACUGCAUCCUUCAGAAAGUAAUUUCCUCGUUUCAGCCAUUGUUGUUGAGUGUAAGAUGUCCUUCAUGUUUUCUUACAAAGUCGGUGUUUAG